AAGUUAGAAACAGGCAGGAAGGGAGGCUUAGACGGUAGGAGCAACUUCUCUCUGCGAAUAGGCGUAUAAAUGCGUCGUGUAUCUCAGUUAUAUACACACAUAAAUAUUAUUAAAUACAUACAGUAUAUUUUAUUUUAGUAUUUAUUUUUUUAGUUUGCAAAUAAAAGGAAAUGGCGCAGCCAGAUCAGAAGAAGUUUUUUGAAAAUCUCUCCGGUGCAGGGAAAGCCAUAGCGGUGCUGACAAGUGGAGGAGAUGCUCAAGGUAUGAAUGCUGCUGUUCGAGCUGUUGUGCGUGUGGGAAUCUAUAUUGGAGCAAAAGUAUAUUUUAUUCACGAGGGAUACCAGGGUUUGGUGGACGGUGGGGAAAACAUUGAAGAGGCCAAAUGGGAAAGUGUCUCAAGCAUGCUACAAGUGGGUGGGACUGUCAUUGGGAGUGCCCGCUGUAAGGAAUUCCGUACCCAUGAGGGGCGCCGUGCGGCUGCCCAAAACCUGGUGCUGCGUGGGAUCACAAACCUGUGUGUGAUUGGAGGAGAUGGAAGUUUAACUGGAGCAAACCUUUUCCGUGAGGAGUGGAGCGGACUGCUUGACGAGCUUGUUCAACAAGGAAAAAUUGACAGAGAGUCUGCUGAGAAGUACUCCCACCUGAACAUUGUGGGGAUGGUAGGAUCCAUCGACAAUGACUUCUGUGGCACUGAUAUGACUAUUGGUACAGACUCUGCCCUGCAUCGAAUCAUUGAAGUUGUGGAUGCAAUCGUGACUACUGCACAAAGUCACCAAAGGACAUUUGUUUUGGAGGUCAUGGGAAGACACUGCGGAUACCUGGCUCUAGUGAGUGCUUUAGCCUGUGGAGCAGACUGGAUGUUCAUCCCUGAAAUGCCUCCAGCAGAUGGGUGGGAGGAGCAGAUGUGCACCAAACUGUCAGAGACUCGAUCCCGUGGUUCAAGGUUGAACAUUAUCAUAGUUGCAGAAGGAGCCAUGGACAGACAUGGACAAGUUAUUACUUCUAGUAUUGUCAAGGAUCUUGUUGUUAAAUGUUUGGGAUUCGACACGCGAGUGACAAUACUGGGCCAUGUCCAGAGAGGAGGAACCCCAUCUGCUUUUGACAGAAUACUGGCCAGUAGGAUGGGCGUGGAGGCUGUACUUGCCCUGCUGGAAGCAUCAGCUGACACUCCAGCAUGCGUCGUUUCUCUCUGUGGAAACCAAGCGGUCCGACUACCCCUAAUGGAGUGUGUACAGAUGACUCAAGAAGUGCAGAAAGCCAUGGAUGAAAGGAGGUUUGAGGAAGCUGUGCGGCUACGUGGGAGGAGUUUUGAGAACAAUUUAAACACUUACAAGCUACUGGCACACCGGAAACCACAAUCAGAACUUCCAAUUAGUAGCUUUAAUGUGGCUGUCUUGAACGUGGGAGCCCCAGCUGCGGGCAUGAAUGCUGCAGUCCGCUCAGCCGUGAGGGUGGGCAUCACUGAGGGGCACAAGAUAUUUGCUGUGAAUGACGGGUUUGAAGGAUUCGCUAAGGGGCAGAUUAAGGAGAUCAAGUGGGGGGAUGUUGGUGGCUGGACUGGCCAAGGUGGUUCCCUUUUGGGCACAAAACGAACUCUUCCAGCAAAGCACCUGGAGAAAAUCGCAGAGCAAAUGAAAGCAAAUAAAAUAAAUGCAUUGCUGGUGAUUGGUGGAUUUGAGGCCUACCUGGGACUCGUUGAAUUGUUAGCUGCACGUGGGAAAUAUGACGAGUUCUGUGUCCCUAUCGUUAUGGUUCCUGCUACUGUCUCCAACAAUGUACCGGGUUCAGAUUUCAGCAUUGGUGCAGAUACAGCUCUGAACGCUAUUACUGAUACCUGUGACCGCAUCAAGCAGUCAGCCAGUGGGACGAAGCGUCGUGUGUUUAUCAUUGAGACAAUGGGUGGAUACUGUGGUUACCUGGCCAGUGUUGGGGGUCUGGCUGCAGGGGCUGAUGCAGCCUAUAUAUUUGAAGAGCCCUUUGAUAUUCGAGACCUUCAGUCUAAUGUGGAGCACUUGACAGCAAAGAUGAAAACAAGCAUCCAGCGAGGUUUGGUGCUGAGAAACGAGAAUUCCAACGAGAACUACACAACUGACUUCAUCUAUCAGCUCUAUUCUGAGGAGGGGAAGGGUGUGUUUGACUGCAGGAAGAAUGUUCUUGGUCACAUGCAGCAGGGCGGUGCACCUUCUCCAUUUGACAGAAACUUUGGAACAAAGAUAGCAGCUAAAGCUAUGCUAUGGAUUUCUCGGAAACUCAAAGAGACCUACAGAAAAGAUGAAGGAAGAGUUUUCGCUAAUACUGAUGAUACAGCUUGUCUGUUGGGAAUGCGCCGUCGUGCUCUUGUCUUCCAACCAGUUGUCGACCUCAAGAAUGAGACAGACUUUGUUCACAGAAUUCCGAAAGAGCAAUGGUGGCUGAAACUCCGCCCACUGAUGAAGAUCCUGGCAAAGUACAAGACCAGCUUAGAUGUCUCGGAGUCUGGUCAGCUGGAACAUGUGGUGCGCCAUCGUCGGCCAGAAGAGUCUGAAGGCGUGCCUGCCUAAAUGGAUGGACCACAAGCAUUUAGUUACUUUAGAUCUCUUUUAGCAUCAACUUUGCAGAGCGCUAAAAAAACUAAAUAGCUUUUACAGUUAAUGUACCAGCACUUUAUCCUCCUCAGACCCAAGGGUGCCGUUCAUUUUUUAUUUUUUUUUAUUUUUUUUUAAAUAAAUGGUAUUUUCUUGACCUUAAGCUGUAGGUGAGUUGAAAAGUAAGGGUCACUAAAUGUCUACAUUCACUUUUGGGGGGCAAGAUAUCCCUUUAAAUCAGGGGUAGGUAACCUUGGCUCUUCCAGUGGAUUCCACUGCAGGACUUUGUUCCAACCAGACCCUAAUUAUUUAAUUGACCGUGUUGGAGUUAGUCCUGCAGUGGGAUGAAUGGGAAGAGCCAAGGUUGCCUACCCCUGAUUUAAAGUGAUAAGUUGGUCAUACUUGAGUGCAGGGCUACUCAACCCUGGUCCUAAUAAGCACUUAUUCGGUCCAAUUAAGUUAUUUAGGUUACAGUUGGAACAAAAAUCAGGAGGGACAGCAUCCCUCGAGGACCAGGGUUGAGUAGUCCUGCUUUAGUGUUUCCAAAGAUUAACAAAAACAGUUUAAUACGAUAUAAACCACACCAGGAGGUUCCGUAAAGGCUCCAUUUAAAUGCAUUUUAGGUUCCAGCACCUAAAACCUAGUUUUUAAUUUUAUACUGAAAACUCAAACAUCCACUUAAAUUGAUACAGGGACUGAGGAGGAUAUUGGAAACAAUGGGUCCUGUUUUCAUGUUAUUCACAAUCCUGUUUAAAACAAACCAGGAACUAGUUUGAUCAGCUUGCAUUCACAGGAUGUUCUUCCCUGCUUGCCAGCACAGAAAAGCACUUGCUUUAUUCCACUUGUCGUUUUGAAUGUCCAUGUAACUGCACUUUGUACCAGAUGUUAGUUUGUGUGAUGUGUUAGAGACACCAAUACAAUAAAACAGCUGCAAACUUGUUCAAAA